CUCCUCUUGCUGGAGCCGUUGAAGCGAAGAAAGGAACACACGGCACAGACACACACAAGCGAGAAAACUCGAGACUUUCACAGACCCCGCGCCAUCCCGAUCCCUCACUCCGGCGACUCAGAAAUGACGGCCGCCAUCGCCGAGAGGGCGGAGCUCGCCAAGCUCUGCAGCUCACGUGACUGGUCCAAGGCCAUCCGAGUCCUCGACUCCCUCCUCUCCCAGUUCUCCAUCCAAGAUAUCUGCAACAGAGCUUUCUGUUACAGCCAAUUGGAGCUCCACAAGCACGUGAUUAAGGACUGCGAUAGGGCGCUUCAGCUGGAUUCCGCGCUUCUUCAAGCUUACAUCCUCAAAGGUCGUGCAUUUUCUGCUUUGGGAAGGAAAGAGGAUGCUCUUUUGGUUUGGGAGCAAGGCUAUGAACAUGCCUUCCGUCAGUCUACAGAUUUGAAGCAGUUGCUAGAACUGGAAGAGCUUUUAACAAUUGCAAAGAAGGACAAAAGUAAUGGAUAUGAAAACCAAGCAAAAGACUCAACAUCAUCUAACCUUGCAUCCGAAGCAAGACUGCAUGUUAAUGGGAAAUCUAGUGAAACUUAUAAGAAUGACAAUAAAUUAAGUGGUGAAUCAGAGUUAUGCAGUGAAUCAACGGUUACCUCAGAGGUCCAUAGAAAGUCUAAUGGUAAUUUUGUUGCAUUGAAGGGAAUUGGUGAUAAAGCCGGAGGGAGUAAGAAGUUUGAUAGCCAAAUGAAUGGGAAUCAUGAUAGUCAUGAUAAAUUAAGUUCUGAAUCAUGCAAAGACUUAAGUGAUACAUGCAGUAAAUUACCUAUGAUUUGUAGCAAGUCAAGUGAUUUAAUAGAAACUCCUCCCACACCCCCUAAACUAAGUAGUAAAUCUGAUAUACGUCAUGAAAUUGGCGAGGAGUCCAAGAAAAAUAAAAAGUUCUCCGUUGCUAGACUUUCAAAGACCAAGUCAAUAAGUGUGGAUUUUCGACUAUCAAGGGGUAUAGCAGAGGUUAAUGAAGGGAAGUAUGCUCAUGCCAUAUCAAUAUUUGACCAGAUAUUGAAGGAGGAUCCUAACUAUCCAGAGGCACUAAUAGGGAGAGGGACAGCCUAUGCUUUCCAACGGGAACUUGAGGCUGCGAUAGCUGAUUUUACAAAGGCCAUGGAAUCAAAUCCAUCAGCUUGUGAGGCAUGGAAACGGAGAGGGCAAGCACGAGCUGCCAUGGGAGAAUUUGUUGAGGCCAUUGAAGAUUUGUCCAAGGCAUUAGAGUUUGAACCAAAUUCAGCUGACAUUUUGCACGAAAGGGGAAUUGCCAACUUCAAGUUCAAGGACUUCUACACUGCCAUUGAAGAUCUAUCUGCAUGCGUGAAACUUGACAAGGAUAAUACAUCUGCUUACACAUAUUUGGGUUUGGCAUUGUCUUCUAUCGGUGAAUAUAAAAAAGCUGAGGAGGCACAUUUGAAAGCAAUUCAGCUGGAUCAGAAUUUUCUUGAGGCAUGGGUGCAGCUAACCCAGUUCUAUCAAGAUAUGGCAAACCCAACCAAGGCUUUGGAAUGUCUGCAGAAAGCUCUACAAAUUGAUGGAAGGUUUGCCAAAGCAUAUCAUUUGCGUGGACUCCUGCUUCAUGGGAUGGGAGAACACAGCAAGGCUAUUAAGGAUUUGUCAACUGGGUUGAGCAUUGAGGGUGCCAAUAUUGAGUGCUUGUAUUUGCGGGCAUCCUGCUACCAUGCCCUUGGAGAAUAUGGACAUGCGGUCAAGGACUACGAUGCUGUGCUUGAUUUGGAGCUAGACUCUAUGGAGAAGUUUGUGUUGCAAUGCCUUGCUUUUUAUCAGAAAGAGAUUGCUCUAUACACAGCAUCAAAAAUCAACAGUGAAUUUUACUGGUUUGAUAUUGAUGGAGAUAUUGAUUCACUUUUCAAGGAGUACUGGUGCAAGAGAUUGCACCCCAAGAAUGUAUGCGAAAAGGUCUAUCGACAACCUCCCCUGCGUGAAUCUUUGAAGAAGGGCAAGGUUCGAAAGCAAGAAUUUUCAGUUACAAAGCAGAAGGCUGCUCUUCUGCAAGCUGCGGAUUCAAUUGGAAGGAAAAUCCAAUAUGAUAGUCCUGGCUUCUUACCGAAUCGACGUCAGCAUCGUAUGGCAGGAUUGGCUGCUAUUGAGGUUGCUCAAAAGGUUUCAAAAGCAUGGCGUUCCUUCCAAGCGGAAUGGAAAUAUUCUAAUAAUAAAAGCAUCUCAAAGUCUGGUAAGCGAGGCCGGAGAAGGGAAAGAGUUAAUUUGCCCAGCCAGAAUAGAGGUGGUGCUGGUUGUAGUACGAGUAGCUCUUCAGAGACCUCAACCUCAUAUGGAAUUACAGAAGCUAAUUCAUCUGCACGGUCAAUGAUGUCAUGGCAUGAGGUUUAUUCGAUAGCUGUCAAAUGGCGGCAGAUUUCUGAGCCAUGCGAUCCUGUUGUGUGGAUUAACAAGCUAAGCGAAGAGUUUAAUGCUGGAUUUGGGUCUCAUACACCAUUGAUCCUAGGCCAAGCAAAAGUUGUUCGCUACUUCCCAAAUUUUGAAAGAACAUUAAAUGUCGCCAAGGCUAUUAUGAAGGAAAGAUCUUAUGUGUAUAGUAAGGUCGAUAACCUUAUUGAUUUAUCCAGGGAUGGGAAAUUGCAAGAUAUUAUGCAAGCAAAAUCUUGCGCUGACUUAUACAGAGUGGUCGGUGAGGACUUCUGGUUGUCUACUUGGUGCGAUAGUACUGCCUUUGAGGGGAGGCAACUUGAAGGAACGAGGAUUACCCUAGUAAAAAUGGGGGAGAACAAAUAUGAAUUUGCAAUCAGAACACCUUGUACGCCUUCAAGGUGGGAUGAAUUUGAUGCAGAAAUGGCGAAGGCAUGGGAAGCUAUAUGCAACACUUAUUGCGGUGAAAAUUAUGGAUCUAAUGAAUUCACCGUGGUUGAAAAAGUGAGAGAUGCGAUCUUAAGGAUGACAUAUUACUGGUACAAUUUUAUGCCUCUUUCAAGAGGCUCUGCUGCUGUGGGGUUUGUUGUUAUGCUCGGAUUAUUUCUUGCUGCUAAUAUGGAGUUCAUAGGAAAUAUCCCACAAGGUUUACAGGUAGAUUGGGAAGCCAUUCUGAACUCUGAUCCAGACUCGUUUGUUUAUUCGAUGAAGACUUGGCUAUAUCCAUGUCUGAAGGCAACAACAUCCUGGAAAGAUCAUCCCGAUGUGCAAUCAACUCUCGCCACAACCGGUUCAGUUGUUGCUGCUCUGAGCACUUAUGAUGACUGAGUUUCUGAAAGUUCUGAAGAGCAAAAUGUUGUAAGCGGGAAGAUUGUUUGCCUUAUUCUUCGGAGAGAGUCAAUUUGAGGCAAGAUUUCUUCCAAUCUUACACCGGCUUAUAUCAUUGUAACGUGUAUGCAUGUUAUACGCUUAUUUGAUUUGUUGUACAGAUCCCUGGGACAAUAAGGUUGUAAUUUUUAUUUUCGUUGCCCCGUCAUUUGUUUUUAUUUAUCACAAUAAAUUUGCUUUGCAGUUCCAAUUCACAAUAAAUAGUUGUCAUGAUAUACAUAUUUAUUUUCACCUUC